UCUUAGGCUCCUAUCGCGCGCGCGCCCGCCCGCACAGCGGCCCCCUCAGGUACGCGGACAAGAUGGCGUCGGUAGCGGGGGACAGCGCUAUGGAGGUGGUGCCGGCGCUGGCCGAGGAGGCCGCGGCCGAGGCGACAGGCCCCAGCUGCCUGGUGCAGCUGCCGGGCGAGGUGCUGGAGUACAUCCUGUGCAGCGGCUCGCUCACGGCGCUGGACAUCGGCCGCGUGUCCAGCACCUGCCGCCGCCUGCGCGAGGUGUGCCAGAGCAGCGGGCAGGUGUGGAAGGAGCAGUUCCGGGUGAGGUGGCCCUCCCUGAUGAAGCACUACAGCCCCACCGACUACGUCAAUUGGUUAGAGGAAUAUAAAGUUCGGCAGAAAGCUGGGUUAGAAGCCCGGAAGAUUGUAGCCUCCUUCUCCAAGCGGUUCUUUUCAGAGCACGUCCCCUGUAACGGCUUCAGUGACAUUGAGAACCUUGAGGGCCCAGAGAUCUUUUUUGAGGAUGAGCUGGUGUGUAUCCUAAACAUGGAAGGAAGGAAAGCUUUGACCUGGAAAUACUACGCAAAGAAAAUUCUCUACUACCUGCGGCAGCAGAAAAUCCUCAAUAACCUCAAGGCGUUCCUGCAGCAGCCCGACGACUACGAGUCCUAUCUCGAAGGUGCUGUUUACAUCGACCAGUACUGCAACCCGCUCUCCGACAUCAGCUUCAGAGACAUCCAGGCCCAGAUCCACAGCAUUGUGGAGCUUGUGUGCAAAACCCUCCGUGGCAUCAACAGCCGCCACCCCAGCCUGACCUUCAGGGCAGGUGAGUCCUCUAUGAUAAUGGAGAUAGAACUUCAGAGCCAAGUGCUAGACGCCAUCAACUAUGUCCUAUACGACCAGCUGAAGUUCAAAGGGAACCGCAUGGACUACUAUAAUGCCUUGAACCUCUACAUGCACCAGGUGUUGACCCGCAGAACAGGAAUCCCCAUCAGCAUGUCUCUGCUCUACCUGACCAUCGCCCGGCAGCUGGGGGUUCCCCUGGAGCCUGUCAACUUCCCAAGCCACUUCCUGCUGCGGUGGUGCCAAGGUGCAGAAGGGGCAACCCUGGACAUCUUUGACUACAUCUACAUAGAUGCUUUUGGGAAGGGCAAGCAGCUGACAGUGAAAGAGUGUGAGUACCUGAUCGGCCAGCACGUGACAGCAGCACUCUACGGCGUGGUUAAUGUGAAGAAGGUGCUACAGCGGAUGGUGGGCAACUUGCUGAGCCUGGGCAAGAGGGAAGGCAUUGACCAGUCCUACCAGCUCCUCAGAGACUCCUUGGACCUGUACCUGGCGAUGUACCCGGACCAGGUGCAGCUCCUGCUCCUCCAAGCCAGACUCUACUUCCACUUGGGCAUCUGGCCAGAGAAGUCUUUCUGCCUUGUCUUGAAGGUGCUUGACAUCCUCCAGCACAUCCAGACCCUGGACCCCGGGCAGCACGGGGCGGUGGGCUAUCUCGUGCAGCAUACCUUAGAGCACAUUGAGCGUAAGAAGGAGGAGGUGGGCGUGGAGGUGAAGCUGCGCUCCGAGGAGAAGCACAGGGAUGUCUGCUACUCCAUCGGGCUUGUGAUGAAGCACAAGAGGUACGGCUACAACUGUGUGAUCUACGGCUGGGACCCUACGUGCAUGAUGGGGCAUGAGUGGAUCCGAAACAUGAAUGUGCACAGUCUGCCUCACGGCCACCAUCAGCCCUUCUACAACGUGCUGGUGGAGGAUGGCUCCUGCAGAUAUGCAGCCCAAGAAAACCUGGAAUAUAAUGUGGAGCCUCAGGAAAUCUCGCACCCAGAUGUGGGGCGCUACUUCUCGGAGUUCACAGGCACACACUACAUCCCAAAUGCAGAGCUGGAGAUCCGGUACCCCGAGGACCUGGAGUUUGUGUACGAGACAGUGCAGAAUAUUUACAGUGCAAAGGAGGACACAGCCGAGUAAACUCAGGGGGUGUCACAUCUGUGCUGCUGCUGCUGCUGCUGCUGCUGCUGCUACCUUCUAGGGGACCAGGAUUCCUGAAGGACGCGUGCUGCCCCUGGAGUCAGCACAGGACAGCCACUUCACCAGCAGCCUGGCUGCCUCCCCACUUUAGAUGGUGUGCACUCCUCCAGCCACAGACAGCGUUGCUCUCCGCUACACUAGUGAAUCAGUUGAAAGGCACCGUGUCCCGUGGCAUGGCUCGUGUGCUUGUCCCGUGGUGACAGUGUGUGACAUUCUGUCUUCUCACCCCCUUCCCAUCCCUGUCUCCAUCUACCUUGUGUCAGUCUCUCCCGUUGGACAGUCAUUCGGGGGCCACGUUUCCUCAUCUCUGGAACAAGGUCGCUGAGUCAGGCCUGCCGCCCUCUGCCUUGAGUUAGAUUGUACUUGGAGAAGGGCAUGGAAGUGGGAGUCACAGCGAUCACAGUUCAGUUUUUUGCUAAUACAGAAACACAGAUUUCAAGUAUUCCCUUUUUUGUUGUUAUUUUUUUAAUUUAAAUUGGGAGAACAACAGUGUCUCCCUUCUCUCACUGGGUCUGUGCACAUUUCUGCCUGUUGUGAGCUCCUGUCUUGUUACGUUGGUUCUCUGAGCAAAUGCACAGCAAUGGCCUUUCCGAGAGAGCUUCUCCACGUUUCCGAGCUGCUCCUUUAAGAUGACUACUCCUUGGUUAACUUUAGGAUCUACUCCAGUAUCCUGAGCAGAUCUUAAGUCGGUCAUGGGCCCGCUAAAUGGCUCUUAAAACUUGUACCUCCUGGUCCCCAAACCAAGAGAACGGGUCUGUUCUUCUGAUCAGGAAAAUGAACUGACGAAGCCUAACUGGGGGAGACAGGCGUCGUGUUCCCUGUCACUCCUGAGUCACAUCCAGACCCUCCAUUUUGAGAGUGUUGGGCUUAUGGGAAGCGGAGCACAUGCUCUGGGCUUCAAGCUGCCUGUCUGAAGGCCCCAGGACACUGACUCUUGGAUGAGGUCUGGCCUCAGGUCACCCCUGGCUUCUGCCUGAUGCUGUCUGUGAGUGAGGAGCAAGCCUUUACCAGAUCCUAGUGGGUGCUACCUGGUCCUCAGACAAGCAGUCCCAUAAGUAAAACUACCCACGGGGCCAAUGGCACAUCUGUCCUGUGUUGCUGUAGUGAGCGGAGCUUUAGGGGGCCGCCUGCCAGCCUCGCCCACCCGCCUGCCUGCCUGCCGCAUGUGUAUCCUCACACCACACCCCUCCAAAUGAGCGCUCCCUCUUCCAUUGCCCUUCACCAGCCCCAGGAUGAUGAGAUGAGGCAGUCACUAGAAGGGCGGGAAGCUUGAAGCUCUUGCAGCUGGAAAGGUUCCUGUCCAGUCUGUGCCUCACCAGGCAGAACCAGUCAGAGGCGGGUCCAGACUUACAUUUGGAAACUUAACUACUCAGAGCUUCUGCCCGAGGUUGGGGGAUUUUACACCUGCUCAUUCAAAGGUGAGAACCGCCCCACGAGGACUCACACCCUUGCACCCCAGUACUAAGCAGCCUCGGAGUAUGCUGGGAGUCUCCAUUGCUGGGUUUCUGCUUCGAUUUCCUUUUUCCUGUAGAGAAACGUCAAAGCUGAGGAAGAUGGCUUCCCUCCCUGACCUGACUGUAAAUAAUGUACCUAGACUGUUUUUAAAUGUGUUUCUUCACGAAGGCUUCGUUUGGCUGAGGGAGCCUAUAUCACCCGUGUAAGUUGGUAUUUGGGCACUUUAUAUUUUUCUAAAAAUGUGUUUUGGAUCCUGUACUCUAAUAAAUCAUAAGUUUCUUUUUAAAAAUUUU